CGUCAUCGUGUGUUUUCACUACUACACCACCACCAUAGCGCAAAACGAACGAAACAUUACAAGACAAACACAAAGCAAAGCCUUCGCAGAUACUCUCAGAGCAGAUAGAUCGAUUAUAUAGUCAUUAACAAGGAUGACUAUUUUUGUACUAUUUGUAAAGACUGUAACGAUGUAGUUUACGGACAUAUGAAGCCUUAAUGAUCAACGUUAGCUAGCUUAGCUUUCUAUUAAAAAAAAUAAAGGGAGAUUCCACUGGUGGCUAACGGCUAUCACCUGUAACAACACAGAUUCAUCAGAGAUGUGUAAAUAAAAGUAUUGCUUCUUCAUCUCGUUUGAGUAAAUCGGCUGUCAUGAUGAUGAAGAAAAAGAAAUUUAAGUUCAGAGUGGAUUUUGAGUUGGACGAGCUGUCUUCGGUUCCGUUCGUGAACGGAGUUCUGUUCUGCAAAGUCCGCCUGCUCGACGGUGGCUUCUCGGAGGAGUCGUCACGGGAAACGGUCCAGGCUAACUGUGUGCACUGGAAGAAAAGAUUUUCCUUUCCCUGUAAAAUGAGUGCCAAUGCUGGCACUGGAGUCCUUGAUCCCUGUGUGUGUCGGGUUUCAGUCAGAAAGGAGCUCAAAGGUGGAAAGACUUAUGCAAAGUUGGGUUUUGCAGAUCUUAACCUGGCUGAGUUUGCUGGGUCAGGUAGCACCACGCGCAGGUGUCUGCUGGAGGGUUAUGACACCAAAAACACCAGACAAGACAACUCCAUUCUUAAGGUGAUUAUUAGCACACAGCUAAUGUCUGGGGACCCUUGCUUCAAAACGCCUCCGUCCACGGCCACAGUGAUAGGCAUUCAGGGUGAUGCUGAAAGUCUGAUGGAGGACAGAAGAGGAGGAGAAAUACAGAAACCUUUUCUGAGCCUCUCAGAGACAUCAGGGAAGUGUGGCUCUCUGCCUGAUGAACUGGGGAUGUGCGGACACUCGCGAACGUCAAGUUACGCUAGUCAGCAGUCCAGAGUAUCAGGCUAUAGUACGAGUCAUUCACGUUCCUCCAGUGUUUCAGAGUUCUCCCACAGAAGGAACACUUCUGUGGGCAGUGCUUCCACUGGCAUUGCCAGCAUCCCUGAGCCCAGUGAGGGGAGCGACCAAACUACAGCGCCUCCUACAGCAACAGGUGUCUGCACUGCAGUGCCUGAACACCCAUCAACCCCUGACAGAGCUGCUAGCAGGUUUCCAGUAAAACAAGACUCGAUGGAGUCUCAGCUGAAGAGGAUGGAUGCAACACGUGUGGAUGCUGAUGAUGUGGUGGAGAAGAUCCUGCAAAGUCAGGAUUUCACACACAGUCUGCUGGACUCCAGUGCUGAAGAGGAAGGUCUGCGUUUGUUUGUGGGUCCUGGUGGAAGCACUGCACUUGGUAGCCACCACCUUCCUGCCAGGGUUGGAGCCGGUGCCUAUGAGCAGGUGGUGAUUAAACGCUAGGGUUGAAAGAUGCCAGGAGAAGUGUCUAAAACCAAAGUCUGUUUCGUGGGAGGAGAGAGAGGGAUGAAGAUAUGGAGAGAUUUUCAUCUCUUGUAUUAGAAGUGUUUGUCACAAUCCUAUUUCGACGAAACAGUGCCCUCUGCUGGUACAUAAAGAACAGUUCCUCAGUAUGAGGUAGAUGUACUGAUGUCUGUGUUUCACUGUGAGGUAAAGUUUGUCUUUUGAUACAUCUGCAUUGCGAACAGUAAUUGCAGAUCAGCCGAACAAGAUCUUCUGCUCUCUCCUUGCUAUUAUUAUAUCACGGUUUUUGUUGGUAUAUCUUCUUAUUAACAUGUUUAUGAGCCAUUUGACGGAUUGGACAUCCUUACAUAAUCGGUCUACAGAUGUGAUGUCUGUAUCUGUUAUGCACUCACCAGUAUUUGUGUACGAAUUGAAAUCAAUGCGCCCUUAUCCAGUCCAACCCCAUGCUAUACUAACACCAGGUCAACAGUGUUUCAACUUGCGUCGUGUAAAAAAGUCAAUCUGAAUAGCACUUUGAAUUUAAGGACUCUUAUGGGAGAUCCUUACAAGUGUCCAGUGAGCCUGUACACAUUAAACGUGUAUUCAUUUACUUUGUUUGUUUGCCAAAAGAGGAAUUUAAACUUGAAGUUAUUGAAUUUAAAGCUAGCAGAACAUCUGCAGCUGUGUAGCUACUUUUUGCAGUUCUGGUUGUAAACUCCUUCAAAUCCAUAAUCAGAUAUGAUGCAUCUCAUAGGAUUCUUGCAGCGGCGUAUUAUGACACAGUGUAAAUCUGCUUGCUUUCAAACAAAGACAAAUUCAGCCGAGCUGUUCUGAUGCUACAUUUAGUAACAUGGUGAAUGACGAGCGUUUCAACAAUGCUUAAUGUUUAGCACAAGUCCUCUCUGUUUAAACAUAUAACACUACAAAAUCCAUUUCUGAGGAUGUUUUUGUUGUACUUGAUGUAUCACAGUAUUUUAAUGCUAUUUUAAAAAGUCUCCUAUAUCAGCUAUACAGUACCAGAGGAUAUCAAAUCCCUCUGUAUAUCUUCUCGAAAGCUAUUCACUGUUGUAUAAAUUCACUUUUGUGAUUCGUAUGUGUGUGUGGAUUAGCAGUGAAGUGCGUGCGUGUACAAUAUUUGUAGCACUUGAUCGUAUCCCAACUGUCUAGAAAUAACGUCAGAGUACUAGCGUAGAAAUGCAUGGGUGUCACACGUAAUCGAUGUGUCCCUUAAUGUGUAGACUUUGCUAUCGCACAUUUAAAACAUCUGGUCCAGGUCAGUGAACACUUGGAAUCAAUUGUAAACUGGGCCACACAUCUCAGGUUUAUUUUAUUUUUUAAAGCAUAUAUUUUGAGGUUGCGAAUAUUUGUUCGGCUUUGUAACCCACACGCAAUCGUUUAGAAAUGAGUGAAUUACUUGGUUCUUUUGAACCUUUUGAUUUUUUUUACGUUUUAAUUGAUCUACUGCCGAAACUAAAGUCUAUUUUUAUGAAUUUGAGCUUUAGUGAUAUUGCUAGAUUUCAAUUUUGUCUAGAUGCAAGUUUGCAUUCCUCCCUAUUACUCAACAUUUAUUCCCUUUCUUUUACCUGUAAGUUAGUCCUGGUACUUUACAUGUCGUAAAAACACGGUGGCUUUAUCUCUUCUGUGAAGUUUUUGGUCCCUGUAAUUGUACCGUGUCUGAUGUUUAAAGUUGACAUUGCUUUUGACUGUCUUGCAAUGUUUUGACCAAUAGUGGCUUUCAUGCCAUAUGUUCUGUUAUGUUGCUGGUACGUACCAUGCACUGUUAAAUAAAACCAAAAAUCAUU